CUUCCUCACCCACACACACACCCUCACCCUUGGCUUUCCCUCUCCUAUCUCCCGAAUCUUCCUCCAGCAGCCAACAACCAUCUUCUUUCCUUCUCUUCCUCUCCCAAGUGACCUUCGGCUUCUCUCUUCCUUCGGUUUCCUCUUUCUUUCUUCAUGCAGAUCCUUGAGCUCGCCCUCCUUCCUUUUCCCGUUGCAGAGCAACCGGCAGCCAUCUAAAAAGGCUGCCGAAGAUUACCUUCGUUCUUCUCCUUCUUCAAUUCAAUAUCUUUUGAUCUCAUUAUUUCUAACUCCCUUCCAUGUUAAAUCCACCUUCCGAACUAUUUCUGCAGUCCAGCAUCAUGCAUACCGACGAGUGGGCAGCAGAACAGAAGAAAGGGAAGCUUGAUCUAUCAAUCGAAGAUAGCGUUGAUGUGCACGCGAAGCUCCAGCGACUCGGCAAAGUUUCAAUCUCCCUUCGAAUGGAAUAGAUCUGCUGUACUACUACAGAACACGAAUGGGGUGAUCAGAGGCUGACGUCGACGCAAAUUGAAGGCCCAAAUGCGUUUUGCAGAUGUUUGUAAAAGGGUAAAGAUCGGAGAGGCCUAAAUGCAUUGCAGAUUCUGGUAAAGGAGAAGCAGAUUUGAAAAGCCCAAAAACCGUGGAUUCAAAAGGCCUGGAGAGUUAAUUUCUGGAAUGUCCUUUUAGGGUUUUCUUUGCUUUUGAGCGGUAUAAAUAGAACUUUAGAUGAGGGUUUUGUUGGGUUUCUUUUGGUUUGGAUGUGGUGUUGACGGCGGAGAAAAGGAGGGAUUUUUCUACUAGAAGGAGAUCGUUUUGUGAAAGGAGAUUGUGGAUUUCAUCUCAUUGCUAGGUAUAGCUCUCAACAGAGGAUUCUUUUUUAGGAAAAUGGUGAAAGAGAUGGUGGAAGCUUGAUCCCGUGGGUGGGAUUCCUUCCAUCAAAUCCAGAUCUCUUUUUCUUUUAAAGAUCCGCCGUGCUUGUUUUUAUUUUUCUGUGGGUGUUUGCUUUUCUUUUUUAAGAUCUAAUGUUAAGCUUGUAUAUUUGUCAUUGGAAAAUUGAA